AAUGGUCAUUUUGUUGCUUCACUAUUCCCCUCUCCGCUUCCAAAUUUACUAAACCACCACACAUUUCUCCACCUCUCCGCACUCAACAGCCGCGAGCCUCCAAAACCUUGGCAACGCAGAGCCUUCGAUCAUGGAUGGACAUGAUACAGAUGACCCGAAACAAAGCACUGCUGAUAUGACAGCUUUUGUACAAAAUCUUCUCCAGCAGAUGCAAACCAGGUUCCAGACAAUGUCUGACUCCAUCGUUUCGAAGAUUGAUGAGAUGGGCAACAGGAUCGAGGAGUUAGAGCAGAGCAUCAAUGAUCUCAGAGCUGAAAUGGGAGUGGAAGGCACGCCAUCCCCUUCAGCCCCUUCAAAGCCCAAGGUAGAUACCAAGUCAGCUGAUGAUUCAGCCAAGUAGCUUUGCCAUGGGACCUUGCUGAUCACUAGAGUUAUCUGUUGAGUGCCUGAUUCCGUGUUUCUUUUGCUUUUUCAUUUGAAAUUCAAAUCAUAUGAUACAUACUGUAUCUCGAAGCAGAUCAGUGCUCGAUGGAUUUGUACACAAGCCGAAUUUGAUACUCAUUUUCCGGGAAAAUGUAGGAUAUUUCAGUAUUACUAUUGAUCGGAUUUCCAUGACUGACA